AUGGAAUUGAAUAAAACGGUAAACGUGGAGGAUUUAGUGACAAGAUUCAAAAGAGAAGGUCAUUUCGAUCGCUUACGAAAACUUGUCUUGGAAACAUUCAAGGAAAAGGAAUCGGAGGGAUUCGCUGAGCAACUUCGAACAAUUGCUGAAACAGAACUUGAGAAAGACCCUUCUUUAAAAAUGAAGGAUCAUUUUCGAACGGCUCCUUUAAUAGCAGGCGCUGUUGAUCGGACAUCACUUUAUGAAAACACAAUGGAGAAUAUAAAAAACAAUAUUUUAUCUCAAGAAGAACUCAAAGUAAACGUUCGAGAGGCAAUAAAGCAAUUGUGUUACAAAGAAACAGAUGGACAUCAAGAAACCUAA